AGUUUCGCUGGGACCCGCGGUCGAUGCCGGUGAGGAGGGGGAUGGGCGCCUCUGCGAAUGUAAGGACCCGAGACAGAAUCAGAGUCCUGUAUCACAUACAGCAGCAUAUACCCCAUUAUAAAUAGCGACUGUAUAUAUACAAUACACUAAAAUACAUGGAUUUAUCCACCGGGGAUCUAUAAUAGACACUCAAUGGAUGCAGUGCACCUGAACAGGACAGGGAAUUUAACUUUCCGCCCAUGCGUGGGAGACACUGAGAAGUUUGUUUCCUACCCCGGGAGAGGGAGCUACUUUUGAGGGCAAAGGAUACAGGAGACUCCGAGGCCGACUUACAGGCCUUCUGGUCUGGUUGGAUUCGAUGUUGGGAUACUCAAAGGACCUGCCAUUGUACAUGCAUCUGCCUUGUUUGUUCAAGUUUGGAAUGCCUCUUUAGGUCCCCCAUGACCGUGAGCCGUGGGCUACGGCUCAGCGGCGCCCCACCUCUAGAGUGGUCCGUUGCUGUAGUUGGGACCCUGUGAUUCCUCUUCUCACCUCUCCUCCUCCUCCCCCCAUCCUGUCCCUCCCCUCCCCUCCCUCCCCCUCACCUCCCCCUCUUCCCCCCCUCCCACGCGUCGCUGUGCUGGACGUCAUGAGCAUAGUAAUCGCGCUGGGAGUCACUACACCUGAAACGUCUUACUCAGAUAUGGCUGCUGGAUCAGACCCUGAGUCAGUUGAAGCAAGCCCUGCCGUGAAUGAAAAAAACUACAAUAACCACAGCUGUGGGAGCGCACAGAGUCAUGGGUAUCGGGGACUACCAUAUGCUAUGCAACAGUCUUCCGUUGUGUGUUGUCAGGAUCACAACUAUGGCGCACCCCCUCCCCCCACCCCCCCCGCCUCCCCGCUCUCCCAAACCAUCAUUCCCCGCAUGGAUCUCAACGGCAUGGUACGCGGCUCCCGCUAUCACGAAACUACUGAGGACAACUCAGCCGACAGCGACAGCUCCUCAGAGGAGGACGGGGCUGUGGCCAGCUGGUGUCACUGCAGCCUGACGCCGGACGGCCUGCUCAUCAAAUGUGACAACUGCAGGAGACUUGACAGGAGGAAAGGAGCAAAAGGCCAACACAGAAAAACAGAAAAUGUCUCAGCUGGAGAGAGCAGUGCCACCGAGAGCGGUGACGAAGAGGUGUCACCCUCCACCAUUUCUUACACCGCCACCCAGCAUACGCCCACCAGCAUCAAACUCACUGUCAAUCGGGUCAAAAGGAGCAAAUCCAAAAAGAGAAAGAAGAGCACAGAGAAGGCCCGCGGGACGCCGAAGGGCAAGAAAGUCAAAGCUUUCAGAGAAGGUUCUAGAAAGUCUAUGAGGAUGAAGAACUCAACAACGGAGGCGAGCGUGUUGGACGAGAACACAGCAGAGGGAUGGGAGAGCAGGAUCCGCCAGUGGACGGACCAGUAUGAGGAGGCUCUGGCCAAUCAGUACAGCGCUGACGUCCAGACUCUCCUCCAACUCCACCGCGCCGCCAGCACCACCGUCUCAAAGGCCGAGAGCGGCACUGCAACGCCUCCUUCCACCACACAGAUCCACACCUCAGUCGAUGCCAUGGACACCAUCAACCGCACUGAGCUGGCCUGUAACAACACAGUGCUGGGCUCACAGAUGCAGCUCCAGUUGGGGCGGGUCACACGGGUGCAGAAACACAGGAAGAUCCUUCGAGCAGCCAAGAACCUGGAAGCUGACACGCUCAUCAUUGAAUACCGGGGAAAGGUCAUGCUCAAACAACAGUUUGAAGUCAACGGGCACUUCUUCAAAAAACCCUACCCAUUUGUGCUGUUCUACUCAAAGUUUAAUGAUGUAGAGAUGUGUGUUGAUGCAAGGACCUUUGGAAAUGACGCCCGCUUCAUCAGGAGGUCCUGUACGCCCAACGCUGAGGUCCGGCAUAUGAUCGCUGAUGGCAUGAUCCACUUGUGUAUCUACGCCGUCAGUCAAAUCACAAAGGACGCUGAGGUCACCAUUGGAUUUGACUACGAGUUCAAUAGCUGUAAUUACAAGGUGGACUGUGCGUGCCAUAAGGGCAACCAGAACUGCCCCGUGCAGAAGCACAACCUGAGCCCAAGGGAGAAUUUGCUCAGUACCCCCUCCCUGCCGCCUCCCUCCCCCCUGGUCGGUGCAGAGACCCGACGGAGAAAAGCCCGAAGGAGAGAGCUGGAGAGCGGCCUCACCGGUGACAGCAACCAGACCCUUGACCAGCACCCAGAGGCCAAAGAACUGCAGGGGACCAGUGACACAGAGGAGAGACUGCUGGAUGAGCUGAAGGUGGAAGAGGGAGAGGAAGGAGAGGUGGAUGAAAAUGGGGUUGUCAUUUCCAGUAAAAGAACAUAUAACAACCUGGAGAGGAGGCGCAGGAGAGUGGGAGGAGCCGAGGUGAAGGAGGAGGGUGUGGAAAGUGAGGACGGGGCAGGAAACCCCGCUGGGAACACUCCCACACCCCACAACACUGGAGUGGGGGUCAGCACACGCCGUACCACCUACGUCAUGGAAACGCCUUCAGUUGAAGAAAAGACCUCAUUAUCCAACCUGCCCGCCCCGAUAGCUCCCCCUAAACCUCCACGACCCACCAAGCCUCGGCCCAAAAGUCGGAUCUCUCGCUACCGGUCAAGUUCAUCCCAGCGUGCCCGGCGGCAGCGCCAAGCCCUCGCCCAGCAAGCUGCCGCAGCCGCUGCGGCGGCAGCGAUGGCAGCCACACUGUCAUCAGCUGAUCAGGGCGUUUCCCUGGACGAGGAGGGGUCUCAGGGCCCAUAUGGUGCUGAACAUGGGCACGGAGAGAGUGGCCUCGGGGGUCAUCUCCUUGAUGGAGAAGGCCAGGGUCUAAAUUGCAUCAAUAGAGGCAACCUGCGCUACCCCAAGACCAAAAAGUACUUGGUGACAGAGUGGUUGAAUGAUAAAAUCCCUGGAGGGGAAAAGGUCCAUCAGGAGGUGCCCAUUGAGCGCCCGCUGCGGAUAACCACUGACCCCACGGUGCUGGCCACCACCCUCAACAUGCUGCCAGGCCUCUCCCACUCAUCGCUUAUCUGCACCACACCCAGACACUACGUCCGCUUCGGCUCCCCCUUCAACCCCGAGAGACGCCGGCCCCGCCCGCUCCAAAUGGACGGCACUUAUGGCUGCUUCAAGAAGAGAUGGAUAAAGCAGGUGGAGGACGAAAGCUGUUCGGCCAGUGUGGAGGACGGCACAGAGUCCACCUCCUCCCAGCAAAGCACCAGUAGCAGAUCUACCCCCAACCCCCUGUCCACUGAAAUCAACGCACCGUUUAAGAAGCGUCGCUCCAAGUACAUGCCAGAGACGACACCAGCACCCUCGGACCACCUGCUUCGUCCGCUGUCACCCAUCACGCCGCCACUCCCAGAAGACUCCCUCCACCCGCCGCUCCACACCCCCUGCGGCUCCCUGCUGCCCAACGGCCUGGCCUACUCACCCAUGCCCUCACUGCCCGCCAGCCGCUGCAACACGCCGCUGCAGUUCGAAAACAUAUCAUCCCCUGAGGCGUCUCCUGUUCACCGGCCAGAGUCCAUCUCUCCCGAGCCGUGUCUUCAGACAGACUUUGACAUCCCUCGGCCUCAGUUCCCAGACCUGUCACUGCCCUCCAGCUUGGAGAGCCCUGUGGCUGUGACCUCAGAUGACUUUUCCCUUCCCGGUGGUCCUUCAGGCCACGAUUCCCAGGGCCCAUCAUCUGUAGGGACCAGUUCCCUUAACCCAGUGUCCUGUCCCUCGUCAGAGCUAACCUCCCAGAACAGGGAGCAGGCCUUCAGGACAGAGUUCAACCUCAUAUACACCUGCUCGCCCCUCAACGCUAACUUGGGGAACCCCGUGGCCACCGAGCGCCACCUCUCCCAGUCAGAAGGUGGCUUUUCCCCAGCAGAGUCCUUCCACAGUUCCAUCAGCGGCCAGGGGCUGCUGGGAGAUGUGGGUGCCGGCUCCAUGUCACCCUACGGCGAGCCUCAUUAUGGAGGAGGCUACCCGGACAGUGGCACACCUCCUCACACCAGCAACCCACCACAAAAGAAGAAGGUGUCUUUGCUGGAGUACCGAAAGAGGAAGCAGGGCAGCGGUCGCGACUCGGAGCCUGCUGUCAGCGGCUCAUCUCUGGGCAGCACCCCCACCCGGCCUGGCUCCCACUACAGUCAGGACUCCCACCAUCCCCACUGCCAUCAGCAAAUGCAGCCUCCGGCCUCCCCACACAGCUCCUUCUCCUCGGCACACUCUUCCUCCAUCCCACAGAUAGAGGAGGUCAGCCCUCCAGACCACCAGGGCUCGGCAGCGCAGUCCAGAAGCCAGGACAGCAACAACCAGUGGAUGGUCCCCACUACUGUUGAACGUCUAAGGGAAGGUCAGGGGGUUCUGGAGCGAGUGCUACGAAGCAUCAAGAUGGAGCGGAUUUACAAGAGGAGUGACGGCUCUACAGAGAAGGAAUCUGAUGCAGAUCGAUAUGAGAUGCAGGCAGCGUCCAUGGCUUCUCCCAUGAAGAGUCCACACAGAUACAGUCCCUCUGUGUACUCACACCAGUCAUCGGAGAGCCACCGGCAGACCGACAGCCCGUCGUUCCUCCAGCAAACCUCCAGCUCUCCAUUCCGGGGUUCCUACAGUCCCUCAUCAGGCCAGAACUUCUACCCACGCCUCCCCACCUCUCAUCCCGGAGUGUCCCAGGACCACCCUCUAUCCUCCUACCCCAGUCACACCCCCACCUCCUCCUCCUCGUCAGACUCCAGGCCGCCAGCGGGCUCUCUACACCAGCAGAGUGGCAGCAGUAACGUGGACGGCGGCCACAGCUAUGGCAGCAGCCACUUAAAAGCGAGCCUUUUGAACAGCAGUGGCCUGGCAGGGACUCCCAGCCCGGGACCCAGAGCCCACGGGCAGACUAAAAUAGACUCGGGCGCCCCGGCCUCCAGAGGGAGUCAGCAGCAGGCGUCUCGCAGCCUGAAGUCGGGCAGCCCGGGACAGGCGGCGCUGCAGGCCGGCUCCAGGCUGCUGUCGGCCGCAGCGCCGACACACUACCCACAGAGAGGGACCGGCCUCAGUCAGUUCCAGCACUCCCCCCUCCAGGGACCCGGAGUACGGACACAGUCAGGAAGCUUUUAGGACCUUGUUCAAGUGUGUGUGUACGUGUGAGUGUGUGUGUGAGUGUGUAUGAAGCUGCGUACCUCCUCGACCCCCUGCAGCUGCAGUGAAAUGGAGCACAGGGAGUUUGGGGAGGAGAAAUGUACAGACCUAAGAGGAGCAAGGACUUCUUUACGGAUUUCUCCUUUUCUUAUUUUCUGUCUUUUCUUUCUUUAUUUUCAGAAGAAAAAAAUUUACCACAUUCUGCACAAAGCUAAUCAUUGACUUUGGACAUCAUUACGGAAUCGGUGGAAAAAGCGAUUUGGAUGACACAAAAAAGAAAAAAUCACAUGUAACUUGAAAUUGUCCCCAGUGUUUCCUCAUGUGCCGGACCGUGCAAACAGGCUCUAUAAUGUCGGAAAGUCAAAACUUCCACACAAAUGUCUGUACAAAGUUCUAAAAAGCCGUACCUGUCGCCAUGGUACCUGGGUUGGAUACAUACUGAGAUGUAACUGAAAGAAAGCAAGAGUUGUUUUAUUUUUAUUUUAUUUUUUUGUUACUUUUUUUGAUUUGGUGAGUGGCCGAGUCUGUGCUGCAGUAAAUAAGUGUUUGAUUUGGAAAGGGGGGGUAAGCAGAGACCACAUGUUAAUCAUCCGUUCUACAGCUGCUUUAGAGAGGCGGGGGGGGGGGUCUCUCCCUGGAUAGGAUCAUUCCAUAUGAUUGCCAGCUUCUGUUCUCUCACCAAAAAUUAAAAAACAGCCCUUUCUCUCUCUCUGGAGGUUCUCCGUUGGUUCCAAUGUUCUGUUUUGUUUUGGUUCUCCUCUGUUUUCUCAUCCCCACUGGAGACUGUUUUGAUUUCGCAUUAGGACUACUCCACUGUAGACCUCACGUAUUGUACUUGACAUACAGAUCUUAUGAUUCAUGGUGCUGCAUUCUUGUUUUAUUUUUUGUUUUUUUUUUUUGUUCAAAUAAAUUUGAAAUCCAGUUACGUUCCCCACAUACGGCUGCAUUCAUCUCGUCAUUAUAUCCAUAUUUUUUUUGCCAAAUUCAUAUUAAUCAUAUGGUGAUGGGAUGCAGGAACAAAAUAAGAGGAGAGUAACUUUAUUUCUGAGCUCAAACUGUUUUUAUCCUGCAGGAUUUCUUUAAUAUAUAUGUGUACGUUUUUCCGACCAAUCCUUGCAUUCCGUGUGACAGCGGGGAAACCAGGGGAGGGGAUCUCUGAGGAGUGUUUGGAUUGUUUAUUGAACCGAGGUAAAAAGCUGCUAACGUUCUCUUGUGAGAGCUGCUUCCCUUUCCACAGAAUGCUGUAUUUUUGUUUUCCACUCUCAAUCCUCACAAACUGACUGAGCAGGUCGUCCUGACCGCCGCAGUGGGACCUCAAAGCGACGUUAAGCUGACAGCUGGGCGGCAGCAGGAGGGUCCUCUCCUCCCUCUCAGACUUUUAUUUUGGACUGGAUGUGGUUUAAAAAUAAACAAAAAAAAAAACCCAGCCGCGUUUGUGUGGAAGACUUCAAGGACCGAGGGCCCCGGUCACGAGACUGGACCCCACCCACCACUACACCCACUGCCCCCUCCGCCCCAGUCCACCUACACACAGAAGGGUACUCAUGUUACAUGAAUGUUUGACAGAUUGACCCAAAAUUAACCAGCACCUUAAAAUGAAAGAAAUAAAGCCUAAAAGACACAAUAGGACAAUAUGUAUGAUUAUGUGUACUUGUAUAGAAAGAAAUGUGAUAUAGACUUGUAUGGAGAAAAUAUAGUACACUGAAUUUAUCGCAUGAUCUUUGUUUUAGGGUCUGAGUGACCAACUGUGUCAGAUGGUUGGAAGCUAAUCAUUGGGUCUGUUCCUCCAGAAAACAGAUGCUGCAUUCUCUUUUUUUUUUUGUUUUUUGUAAAGAUCAUUCUGUUGCUUUUAUUUUAUUUUUACACAGAUCAUAGUAGUAACUAUUUCAAUUGUUCCCCUCCAAAAAGGUUUAAGAAGCAAGAGAUGUAAUGCAUUUUGAUAAUAAAAUAAUCAUGAUGGUAAUGUCUUUUGAAAACUACCAUUGUGAUUUGUCAUUUGAGGGA